AUGAGUCUUUGCAAGGAGUGUAUCAGCGGUGUUCGCCACGAGGGCACGCCCGAAGGCCAGAUCGAGAAGAUCGGCGGCGUCGAGAGCUAUGUCGCGACGCCGACGGGCGACUACCCAAAGGACAAAAUCGUCUUGUUCCUCACGGACGUCUUUGGAAUCCCCCUCAUCAACAACAAGCUGCUCGCCGAUGACAUCGCCCGAAAUGGCUUCAAGGUCGUUAUGCCCGACAUCUUCAAUGGCGACCCGAUCGGCGAAAUGGACCUGAACAAUGCCAGCUUCAAUCGUGAGGCGUGGUUCGCACGGCACCCGGAAGAGACGUGGAAGACCGCCGUCGACCCUGUGGUUGCCGCACUGAAGGAGCAAGGGGUGACGCGGUUUGGCACGACGGGCUACUGCUUCGGUGCGCCCCCUGCGUGGUACCUCGCAUGCAAGAACGAGAGUCACGUCACGGUCGUCUCGCACCCGUCUCGCUUGAAGAUUCCUGACGACCUAGAGAAAUACAAGACGGAGUCUAAGGCUCCCCUCCUCAUUAACAGCUGCGAGGUGGACAGGGCGUUCCCACUAGAGGCCCAGGCGAGCGCCGACGAGGUCCUGGGUGGCGGGAAAUUCGGGCCUGGCUACGAGCGGACGUACUGGGAAGGCUGUACCCACGGCUUUGCGGUUCGCGGAGAUCUCAGCAACCCGAAGGUCAAGGAGGGCAAAGAGGGAUCCUUCAAGGCUACGGUGGAGUUCUUCCUGAAAUAUCUGUGA